AUGGCUUUCAUGUCGAUUGGAGAUCAUUACAUGGAAAAUGCGACUGAUCUUUUCUCAAGUUGGACAAAUGCAAGCAAGAUUGAUGACGCUGCACUUUGGGUUGCCAUCAUGGACCAACCAAGCUGCAAAAUCGCGCAGAUGAACAAGGCAAGCUAUGCUUGUGGUGGCACCGACAGCAUUUGUAGAAAUGCAUCACAUGGAGAUUACAACCCGAAGCCUAAAGAGCAUUGCCGGAGGUCAUGUGGAAACAUGACCAUUCCCUUCCCUUUCGGCCUCGAAGAAGAUUGUUAUGGAAACAAAAGGUUCAAGCUUAAUUGUACAGCAGAAGAUGGGACUCUGAUUGUCAGCAACACACUAAACAACAAUGCAAGCUCCAUGAAAGAAAUGAUAUUGAUGAAUGCUCGCUGCCAAACUACUGCAAUGGCACAUGUGAAAAUAUCCCUGGAAGCUAUAAAUGCACGCCAUGCCAUCACAGUAAAGAAUUUGAUUCUAUUAAGGGGCAGUGUGUCAUAUCGACUAAGCAACGGAACCUUCUUUUGGCAAAUGCAUAUAGGUAUUGCAAUUGGAAUUGGUUGCGGCCUUGGCUCCAUAUUUCUUGCAUUGGGUGCAAUUCUACUUGUCAAUAAGUGGAAGAAAGGCACCCAAAAGAGAAUCCGACCAGCAUACUUCAAGAAAAAUCAAGGUUUGCUAUUGGAGCAACUGAUCUCAGAUGAAAGCGCUACAAGCAAAACAAAGAUAUUCUCAUUGGAGGAACUAGAGGAGGCGACUAACAACUUUGAUGCUACGCGUGUUCUUGGUAGUGGAGGACAUGGAACAGUUUAUAAAGGGAAACUGUUUGGUUGCUGCCUAGAAGAUGUGGUGCCCUUGCUUGUAUAUGAAUUCAUUUCAAAUGGAACUCUUAAUGAACUUCUUCACACUGAUACUACAUUAAAAUGCUUGCUUUCAUGGGAUGAUCGCAUUAGGAUUGCAACAGAACCAGCAGGGGCUUUUGCUUAUCUACACUCAGCAGCUACAAUACCAAUUUUCCACAGAGAUGUCAAGUCUUCAAAUAUACUAUUGGAUGACAACUUCACCACAAAGGUUUCAGAUUUUGCUACUUCAAGAUCUCUUUCACUUGAUGAGACCCAUGUGGUGACAAUUGUUCAAGGAACAUUCGCUUACUUGGAUCUACAGUAUUAUCAUACCGGUCAACUAACUGAGAAGAGCGAUGUAUACAGUUUUGGAGUAAUACUUGUGGAACUUUUGACAAGAAAGAAGCCAAUUUUUAUUGAUGAUGUAGGUGCAAAGCAAAGCUUGUCCCAUUUCUUCAUUGAAGGACUUCACCAAGGGUCUCUUAUUGAAAUAAUGGAUACUCAAGUUGUGGAAGAAGCAGACCAGGAAGAGAUUAGUGAGAUUGCUUUACUUACAAAAGCGUGCUUAAGGGUCAAAGGAGGAGAGCGACCGACUAUGAAAGAACUAGAAAUGAGGCUACAAUUCCUAAGAACAAAGAGGCUAUAA